AUGUCUUUCAAUAGGAAGUAUGCUGGUCUUCCCGACCUGGUACGUUACAUCUACCAUACCUCCCUCCUGCCCCAUCUCAAUCAACCGACUACUAACAUCGUUUGUUUGGGCCAGGAUCUCGCUCCGGAUAUCUACGAGACCCCCGAUCUGACCGACGAAGCAUCUACCGUUCCGACUACAACUAUCCGCACCGCAUCCAACGUAGACGAUGACGCCGGCUCCAACUCCGACAUCGACCGGCAGGGGAUCAAUGCAGACGAGGCACGCGCCCACUUCUUAGGAGCCACGGUCGACGCGCGCGAUGUCAACUUCUCCGACAGUAUCGCGAUGAAGCGGAAGGCAUACAAGAACAAGAACCGUCGCCGGCGCAGAAAUGAGAACGGUUCAGAAGAGCCCGAAGACAUCAGCGACAGCGAAGAGGAAAGCCUAGAGAGGAAGCUCGCCCGCCUUCGCAGGGAAGUGGAGGAACUGAAAGACGAGAUGGCCGCUCGACAGACCGAAACCGAACCGGAAGCCGCAGAAGGGAAGGAGCCCACGGACGACGGCGUCCUCGAAUUGAGCCGCGCCCUGGACAACCUCUAUACCUCCCGCAGCGACAACACGGGGCCACACUCCGCAGCUGCAAUCCUAGCACAAAAGAUUGCAACCAAAUCCACAUCCGAAACCGCUGCACUCAGCACCCAGAACGCAGGCGCCACACAACAACCCGAACCCACAGCUCCGUCAUCCUCGGGUGUCCUUGCCCACGCCGCAGCAUUCGACGGCCGCCUCGCCCUCAUCGAAGCCGCCAUGGGCAUCUCCAGCUCCUCCAACCCCUUCGUCAGCGACGGCAUCUCCGAACCUGCCCUCCAGCCCGUCCUCCCAGCCGUCGACCACCUCACAUCCCGCCUCACCACCCUCAUGAACAUCCUUGUCGGCCCGAACCCCGUCUCCGCCGUGCCAACAAUGGGCUCCGCACCCCCCUCCACAACAGUCACCACCCCGCAUCUCGAGACCCUCUCCACUCGAGUCCGCAAACUCACCGCAGACACAGAAGCCCUGGCGUCCGCGCGGAAACGUGCCGUGGACGCCGCCAAGGCAGCUCAGAACGCGCGCAUCGCAUCCGCCGCUAUCGAGCCCUCAGACAUGUCCGUCUCGUCGUCCUCCGCUACGGAAGUCGACCCGGCUGCUACCCAGCGCGAUGAGCAAGCUACCAAGAUCCAGGCCCUCUACGCUACUCUCCCCACCAUUCAGUCCCUCCAUCCCAUCCUUCCCAGCGUGCUGGAGCGGCUUCGCUCCCUUCGCGCUAUCCAUGCGGGUGCUGCACAGGCUUCGGAGUCACUUGAUACGCUGGAGAAGAGACAGGCGGAUAUGGCAAGGGAGAUUGAGCAGUGGCGCGAGGGUCUGCAGGUAGUCGAGGAGAAGAUGAGCCAGGGCGAAGCAGCGAUGAAGAGUAAUAUCGAGCUUGUCGAACCUUGGGUUCGGGAUCUGCAGGCGCGGCUGGGUCGGUUGGAGGGGCAGGGCGCAUGA